UGGUGCUUUAUAUCCACCCUGUCCCGCGCCGGGUAAGAGGAAACCCUUAACUGCUCCAGCUUCAGCCUUUUUUUUCCUUUCUCCUGCAUUUUCCCUCCCGCCCAGACGGACGCGCUCAGGACCAGUAUGGCAGCAUCAUCUGCACAGAGACCCGGCGGGCCCUGCCAAGCGGUGGCCUUUGCGUUGCUUCUCGUCGCCUCGCUCUCAAACGCAGAGGUCACGGCGCAGGACGACGUCGCCACGACGCGGGGCGGCGGCACGACGCGGGGCGUUGUCACGGCGACGGUGCCGACUGCGGCGCCAGAGUCAUACGUGGGAGGAAACAUGAUCCCAAAGGCGUCCGAUGCUGCUGAGCCACAGGAUCCACAAAUGGUGGUUUUCCCGACCAUGGGCUCUCCGACCGAAGCGACCACAGGAGCGGCGGCGACGGGGACAGAAGAGGCCGGACGCCAUCACAACCAGGCCGCCGCCGAGGUCACGGGGGUCACAGCCAGGGUUCACGUCAACACGACGGAAAUCGUGGCAGCGGAGACUCCGGCUCCUCUGCCCGCCAGAGGCGACGGCCCCAACAACAUCCCACGGCUCGUGCCGCAGGACGACGUUGUCUGCGUCAGCAAAGAGGCGGUCCAGGACAAGAACGCCGUGAACCUGAAGCUCAAGGCCUCCUCCAGCUGUAAAGACACCAAAGUGAAGAUUGAAAGUGUUCUGCAGGAGCUGUGUGGCGAAGACUGCAAGCUGGAUCUCUACCAAGAGGACAACUCGGACCAAAUCCUUGUGUCGGGAAAAUAUGUUGAAGAUGACGUUGCAGGCAUGGCUGACAAGUUCAACAAUGACAACAUCAAAGAUAAGACCGAUGUGGAGCAGGCGGUACCGCGCUGGGGGAAGAACUCUAAGUUGGUGCUGGUUUCCUUGCUGCUGACUGGCCUGCUGCUGGCUGCCCUGCUGGUAGCUGCUUAUUACCUCAAGACCCACCGCAAGAACUCCAAAGGAGUCAGACUAGCCGAGUCUUUCCAGGUGGAUGAGGAGAACCAGGCCAAUACCCUGGUGUCUGUGGCCCCCCUCCCUCAAGAGCCCCUCGACAAGCCGUCCGCCAACGGCGAGUCUCCGGCGGAAAAUGGGACCAACCCGGCCCCCACCGCCAACGGACACUCUGCCACCCAGACUCCGGUGGCCGACACGGAGAUGUGAGCGGUGACGACCCCCCUGACCUCCCCGCCGUGCCCGUCGCCGCCGCCGGGACCCACCGACCCACAAGGCCCUCUCCACCGCCUCCGAGACUGUCCACGCACUGAGGCAGAUUCAACACGGAUCCGCCGCACGCGCUCGCCUCCCCUCCUCUGCGCCUCGACGACGAUGACGAUACUGACAAUGCCUGCAAUGUGAAAAGUUUGGGAUCGCUGGCCUUUUGCCGGUGCCAAAAAAAAAGGGGCCUACAUGCGCUGUGUUUGGGACUGAGACUGCUCAGCGGGGCACUGACUGGGAUUUUGUUAGCUGCCCUGACUUCAGUCGAGUUGUAACAAUCAUUGUAGAAGCCACAAAUAAUGCCAAACGUGUGCUGCUGAUUCCCGAAGAAGCUGCAGCACAUGAUUUAUUAUUUCAAUCCACAACUGUGGCGCAAAGAAACCACAUGAAGCCGUGCAGUUGAAAGGAGACAAGUUUUUUGUAUUGUUCUAACGAGGACUGAAGGCUCACUUAAUUGGGUUUUUUAUUUUCUUAUCUAUUUGAUUUGUGAAAUGUUUGUUUUUCGUAGCCUCUGUUUUUGCCUGAACUUUGUUAAGACCUAUAAAGCACGAGAUGGGCAACCAAAAAGUGAUUGACAGAGAUCCGAUUUAAAAUAAUGAAAAGAAAAAAGGUUCUUGUUACUGUUGUAACCGAUGAGCACAACGUACAGCUCGCAACAAAGAUAGCAGGCAGGUUUUUUGGGAGGUAGGAAAUGACGCCAUCAAGCUAUUAAAGAAAUGGAAAUGUCAGUUAUUAAACUAUUUGUAUUUACCGGAAUGCUUUAAGCUGAUCAGCAUAACAAACUAAAACCUUUGGUCAAAGGUUAAUUGGGAUAUGUUGCAAACAGGGUUACCAAGCUGGUAAAUACAAUCUCUGCCAGGAUAUUUCUACAUAACAUAAAGCAGAUUCAGCAUUCCCAAGACCGCCUUUAUCUCUUUGUUGAAAUAUAAAAAAUGCUUAGAUUAGUCGUACAUAUUUUUGGGGGCUUCUCUUUUGAACAUCUGGCUGCUUUCAUAAUAUAGUGCAUGUGUAAAUACCCCUGCUCUCUCUGUUAGUCGUGCCUGUGCCUGACUCAUAAACUGUGAUUGUUGACAAUA